GCCCCUCGCCCGCGGCCGCGGGGGGUGGGGCGGCCUCGCCUCGGGCCGGUGCUCCUCGCCCUCGGUUGGCCGCCAGAGGCUCCCUCUCUCUCCUCUCCCGGGAUUUUGCUGCCGGGCUCCCUCUCUCUGCGGCCCUAGAGUUAAUCCCAUCAGCGAGGGAGCUCGGCUCUCCCGGGGCCACACUGGGAUCCGCCUGGCAGCCGCCGGGAGCCGCAGCCAAUGUGUUAGGACUUCAGGUGCUUCUUGGCACAAAGCUAGACUGCGACCUCCUACCAUAGCGCUUGGCGUCACCUGCUCUCCCGGCCCUGCCCCGGGGCCGAGGGAUUGCGUCCCGAACCAGGCUUGGGAACCGGCUGCCUCUCAAAUGAACCUCUAGUCUUGCUUUGAAAAAGCCAUUUUGUGUAACUCUUGACUGAAUAAUUUCCUAAUACACCUGUUGGGAGGAUCACUGAUACAGUAUGCCAUUUGAGAGGUACUUUUUCUUGAUCAAAUACUGGUGAUUAGAGAAGAGAGGUGUUUUGUUUUUUUGUUUUUUGUUUUUUGUUUUUUCUGAUCAUUAUGAACAUUGGCUUUUCACCCCUGAAGUAAAAAUGUUGAAAACCGAGUCUUCAGGUGAACGAACCACUCUCAGAAGUGCCUCUCCUCACAGGAAUGCAUACAGAACUGAGUUCCAGGCACUGAAAAGUACCUUUGACAAACCCAAGUCAGAUGGGGAGCAAAAAACAAAAGAAGGUGAGGGCUCCCAGCAGAGCAGGGGGAGGAAAUAUGGCUCCAAUGUCAACAGAAUCAAAAAUCUAUUUAUGCAGAUGGGUAUGGAACCCAGUGAAAAUGCCGCAGUCGUUGCCAAAACAAGGGGGAAAGGUGGACCUUCAUCUCCACAGAGAAGAAUGAGGCCCAAAGAAUUUCUGGAAAAAACAGAUGGCUCGGUUGUUAAGUUGGAGUCCUCUGUUUCAGAACGAAUUAGUAGAUUUGACACGUUGUACGAUGGCCCUUCCUAUUCUAAGUUCACAGAAACUCGGAAGAUGUUUGAGAGAAGUGUGCACGAAUCAGGACAAAACAACCGCUAUUCCCCAAAGAAAGAGAAAGCUGGAGGUAGUGAACCUCAGGAUGAGUGGGGUGGUUCGAAGUCCAACAGAGGCAGUACCGAUUCCUUGGAUAGCCUUAGCUCUCGGACAGAGGCUGUCUCCCCAACUGUGAGUCAACUGAGUGCAGUAUUCGAGAACACCGAUUCCCCCAGUGCCAUCGUUUCUGAGAAGGCUGAGAACAGUGAAUACUCAGUGACUGGACAUUAUCCUCUGAACCUACCAUCUGUUACUGUUACAAAUCUUGAUACCUUUGGUCACCUUAAGGAUUCUAAUUCUUGGUCUCCUCCAAGCAAACUCAGUGAUGAUGCAGAGGAUGCUCAGAAGAGUCAUACAACUCCAGUCCCAGAAGUGGCUCUGAAAAGUACCUCUCCAGCCUCGAUGCCAAGUGAAGAGACACAGCAGAGAAAGGAAGCCGAGGACUCCACAUCUAACCAAGAGACUCCUGACAGAGGUGACAGAGACAUUCCUGAAGAGCCUCGUGCUGAACAUAAGGCAAUGCCAGAGUCUGAAAUCCCUUCACCACAGAAUGAACCUUUAGGAGACGCUGAGGCUAAUUUAGUUGGGAGUGAGGCAGCAAUGCAUCAGAAGAAAGAACUUGCAGGUGGUGAUUUUACCUCUGCUGAUGCUUCUGGAUCCAGUGGUGGAAAAGAAGGACCUGAAGAUUCAGAUCAUUUUGAGAGUUCCCAUGUUUACAUGCACAGUGACUACAAUGUAUAUAGGGUAAGAUCCAGGUAUAAUUCAGACUGGGGAGAGACAGGCACUGAACAGGAUGAGCAGGAAGAUAGUGAUGAAAACAAUUACUAUCAACCUGAUAUGGAAUACUCGGAAAUUGUUGGAUUGCCAGAAGAAGAAGACAUCCCAGCAAAUAGGAAAAUUAAGUUUAGUAGUGCUCCGAUUAAGGUUUUCAGCACAUAUUCCAAUGAAGACUAUGACAGGAGGAACGAUGAAGUGGAUCCUGUGGCUGCUUCUGCAGAGUAUGAACUUGAAAAGCGUGUAGAAAAGCUGGAGCUUUUCCCAGUGGAACUAGAGAAAGAUGAGGAUGGACUUGGUAUAAGCAUUAUUGGAAUGGGUGUUGGAGCAGAUGCUGGACUUGAAAAGCUGGGAAUAUUUGUCAAGACAGUAACAGAAGGUGGUGCUGCUCAGAGGGAUGGCAGAAUACAAGUUAAUGACCAGAUUGUGGAAGUGGAUGGAAUCAGCUUGGUGGGUGUCACACAGAAUUUUGCUGCAACAGUUCUCAGAAACACCAAGGGCAAUGUCAGAUUUGUUAUUGGGCGAGAAAAACCAGGACAAGUGAGUGAGGUUGCCCAGUUGAUAAGCCAAACACUGGAACAAGAAAGGCGCCAGAGAGAGCUGCUGGAGCAGCACUAUGCACAGUAUGACGCCGACGAUGACGAGGUAACGAUGGAGGAUUUCAAUAAGCCCCUCACACAGUCAGCACUAUCUCACGAAAUUCUGGGGAGCACUGUGGCUGAAUUGCAAGGAGUGUCUGGCAACAGCAAUAACAAUAACAACUAUUUCCUUAAGACAGGAGAAUAUGCCACAGAUGAAGAGGAGGACGAGGUGGGACCUGUUCUUCCUGGCAGUGACAUGGCCAUUGAGGUGUUUGAGCUGCCUGAGAAUGAGGACAUGUUUUCCCCCUCAGACCUAGACACAAGCAAGCUCAGUCACAAGUUCAAGGAGUUGCAAAUCAAACAUGCAGUUACAGAAGCAGAGAUUCAAAAAUUGAAGACCAAGCUGCAAGCAGCAGAAAAUGAGAAAGUGAGGUGGGAACUAGAAAAAACCCAACUCCAACAGAAUAUAGAAGAGAAUAAAGAGAGAAUGCUGAAGUUGGAGAGCUACUGGAUUGAGGCUCAGACCUUAUGCCACACAGUGAAUGAGCAUCUCAAGGAGACUCAAAGCCAGUAUCAGGCCUUGGAGAAGAAAUAUAACAAGGCAAAGAAAUUGAUCAAGGAUUUUCAACAAAAAGAACUUGAUUUCAUCAAAAGACAGGAAGCAGAAAGAAAGAAAAUAGAAGAUUUGGAAAAAGCUCAUCUUGUGGAAGUCCAGGGUCUGCAAGUACGGAUUAGAGAUUUGGAAGCUGAAGUAUUCAGACUAUUGAAGCAAAAUGGGACUCAAGUUAACAAUAACAACAACAUCUUUGAGAGAAGAACGUCCCUUGGUGAAGUCUCUAAAGGAGACACCAUGGAGAACUUGGAUGUCAAGCAGACAUCUUGUCAAGAUGGCCUUAGUCAAGGAAAAGAAGAGUCAUUCUGUAAAUAUUGUCAUUCAGUGGAUGUAUCUCCUAGGGAAAAUAUAUUUAAUAUAACUGUUAGAACCAUAUGCCAAAUGCAAGGUUCCAUAGACUUGAAUGAGGCAGUCCCAGAGACAGAGCGCCUGGAUUCAAAAGCACUAAAAACCCGAGCCCAGCUCUCCGUGAAGAACAGACGCCAGAGGCCCUCUAGGACAAGACUCUAUGAUAGUGUCAGUUCAACAGAUGGGGAAGACAGUCUGGAGCGAAAGCCUUCAAACAGUUUCUAUAACCACACGCACAUUACCAAAUCACUUCUGCCCAAGGGUUUGAGAACUUCUCCAGAAUCAGAUUCUGGUGCUCCAUCCCUCACUCCGGCGGCUGGCAGUGUGCCCUUCUCCUCUGACCACGUAGCUGAAUUUCAAGACGGACCACUGCACCCGGAAAAGGAGCCCUCCCCCUUUCUUUGGGGAGACACUUCACACUCCUCUCCUUCAAAAUCUGAUCAUGAUAUAGAAGAAUCUCCUUGCCACCAUCAACCCACCACCAAGAAAAUACUACAGGAAAAAGAUGGUGCCAAGGGUCCCAGAUCACUAAGGGCAUCCAGUUCAUUGGUGGUACAAGGAGGAAAAAUUAAGCGCAAGUUUGUGGAUCUGGGGGCACCUUUGCGAAGGAAUUCCAACAAAGGAAAGAAAUGGAAAGAAAAAGAAAAAGAAGCCAAUAGGUUUUCUCCGGGUAGCAGGAUCUUCAGAGGCAGGCUGGAACACUGGAAACUGAAGCCAUCUCCGGCGCCUCAGGCCUCCACGCGCUCACCGUGCAUGCCUUUCUCGUGGUUUAAUGAAAGCCGGAAAGGAUCCUAUUCCUUCAGGGACCUGCCUUCACCUAUGAGUCCCCUUCAGCCUUCUCCUGAAACUCUAAUUUCAGAUAAAAAGGGGUCCAAGAAUUUCACCUUCAACGAUGACUUCAGUCCCAGCAGUACCAGUUCGGCAGACCUUAGUGGCCUAGGAGCGGAACCCAAAACACCAGGGCUCUCUCAGUCCUUAGCACUCUCAUCAGAUGAGAGCCUGGAUAUGAUAGAUGACGAGAUCCUUGAUGAUGGACAGUCUCCCAAACACAGUCAGUGUCAGAAUCGGGCCGUUCAUGAAUGGAGCGUGCAGCAGGUUUCUCACUGGCUCAUGAGCCUAAAUCUGGAGCAGUAUGUAUCUGAAUUCAGUGCCCAAAACAUCACUGGCGAGCAACUCCUGCAGUUGGAUGGAAAUAAACUUAAGGCUCUGGGAGUGACGUCAUCCCAGGACCGAGCAGUGGUCAAAAAAAAACUCAAGGAAAUGAAGGUAUCUCUGGAGAAGGCUCGAAAGGCUCAAGAGAAGAUGGAAAAACAAAGAGAAAAGCUGCGAAGGAAGGAACAAGAGCAAAUGCAGAGGAAAUCUAAAAAGACAGAAAAGAUGACCGCUGCAUCAGAGGGUGCUGGCGAGCAGUAACACACCUCCCUCUACCCCCAGCACCCCAGACAGCUCUCCCCUCCUCCUGCCCUGCUCUCCUGCAAAGGACGAAGGAACUCGUGACAGCGGUAACGUGCUCUAGGCCGACGGGGGAACCGCAUGGGGGCAUAACUGCGUUUUCUGCAAUGAUAGAAUACACUUUUAAUUUUGACCUCCCGAAAUAAUCCCAAGCCACCUUUGUUUCUUAUCAAACCAAGGAUCUUAUUUGUGAAAGAUGCAAAAUAGCUGUGUUUCUCUCUUCUGUUACUUACCAGCGUCUUGGGCUGCGUUGGGUGGGUGUCUCACAGGGGGGACCCAGUGUCACCCUGCCCAACAAAAGCAUGACACGCCCGGUGGUGUUAGUGGAGCGCCAUGACCUUCCAGUCUGGGAACCCGAAACGGGGCAACGGCACAGAUCUGGGCGGCCCAAGCACCGGCCUGCCAGGAGAUCUGGGCUCUAGGGUCUACGCUGCUGUGUGGGCAAGUUUCCCCCCUCAUUUCUGUGUCUGGACAGCGAGCCGACCCCCCUGUAGAAACACGGGUGCUCCGCCACAUGACUGGUCCCCUGCUCAAAGGCGAGCGCCCUCUCCUGCUCGCUGGGCAUCGGAAAAAGAGAGAAGAAUUCGUUACCUGUUAACUCCAGAAGGAAACCGAAGCCUUCAGGAUGUGGAUGUGGGUAUUGCCUUGGGGCUCUGGGGGCGACAGCUGUCCCCUAGAGUUAGCCGUGAAGGCAGCCACGGGCUCCGGGACCGUUGUUGGCUCCGCUCCCGCUGCACGCUCGGCGGGUCAGCGACCCCGACACACAGACCGUAGUUCCCUCUUUCCCCAGCAAAUUCGACAGGAAAUUGAUUUUUAAGGAAACCAACAUUUUCAGGUUUCCUCCCCUGGGGAACAUUCCGACUAGUCUUCAGCCUGACUGUGACACAAUCAGGAACCUGUCACAGAUUUUCUACUUAAGAUUUCCCAAGUGGGCUCAGUUAGUGUUUUAACAAAUGUCCUUUUAAGACCAAUAGAAAUACCGGUUAGAGAAAAUUCAGAUUUGAGGAGCGGUCAACCAGAGAAGCAAUUUUUCGAGCACAUGGAAUGUUCCUGUAAAGGAGAGUUGAUGGUUUCAUUUUAGAGAUGUUUUGAAUGGUUUUUCUGAGCCAUUCUCUUUCGUUCUGAAGCGAUUUCCACGUUACAGGUAAAGUUCGUGUAAGAGUACCCACACAGGCUGCAGUCUACCAGUGGAGACAGUCAUGCUUAUUUUCAAGCCAGUAUUAAGGAUUUCAGUGUUUCAUCAAAGUAAUUCAAGUGUAAGAGACUAGGCCAGAAAGAGGAGAAAAUCAACUCAUCUUGAGAAAUUUCAAAUGAUCGGAUGUUGUUUGUCAUUGUUUUGCUUUUUAUGCUUGUGUUUCUGGUUGUCUUUGCUGCGUUGGCUAUAAAAAUGAGGUCAUCCACUUUCCAAGGGACGAGUUUCAAAAUAAGAGUUGAGGCCGGACAAAUCUUGAACUAAUAUUUUACUUCCUUUACUACACAGUAGGGGCGGGGGGGUCUCUGUCCAUAUCUUACCCUGGAAAUGUACACACAGAGCUUGGGGAAGGCUUUUGUUGAAGGUUACAGGUAACAGAUAAUGUAAAGGGGCUCCUGCCCAUAUAGCACCAUCUCAUUUUUUGGACAUUGUGACUUUUUAAAAUUUUGAUUUAAUUUAAUUUCUUUCUUUCAAUCUUUUUUUUUGUUUUUUUUGUUUUUUGUUUUUUUUGUUUUGUUUUUUGGCUUGCUUAUCUGAAAUCUGGAAUUGGCUAAACUAGAAACUUAUAAUUCUGUUCUUUCCCUAAGGCCUGUUAUAGUGAGCGAAUAUUGUCUGUACCCAUCCUUUUGUCCCUAGUAAAGAUCAAUCAAUGCUCUGAAACAUUGAUAUAAAGUAACAUUGUGAUUCACGAUUAUUAAAGUCACUAUGUAUGUUUUUCUGACUAUCUUCAUUUGGUGUAUGAUAAUGAAACUGCCAUACUGGAUACUCUAUUAAUAUUUCAGAUGUGUGGUGCUUUGCUAUUUAUUAAUACCUUGAGAAACAAAGAACCACUAUUCAUGAACUAUAAAAUUCAGCAGAUCUUUUCUAAUGCUAAAAGACUAAAUUAGUCAAAAUCUGGUAAUACUAGUGCUUGCUAUUGUAAGUUUUUUGCCAUUUUUGCUUAUCUGUGGGGAAAAAAGCGAUUUGGAUCACACUGGAAGUUUUGCUCUGUAUUCAUUUUAAGAGUGGAAAUAGAGGAUGAUUAUCUUAAGUUAUGUUUACACUUCGGUAAUAUUUAAAAAUGGUUGUACAUACUGGAAAUGUCUGUAAGUCUCAAUCUCUGCACAUAAUUUAUGAUCUCUAUUAUAUUACAUUUUCUUAAAUGUCUUAAAAGUAUUUUUCUUGAACUUUAUUUGUACACUCCCAAUAUUUAGACCAAUGACCAACUGAAAAUAUUAUAAAUCAAAUUAUUAUUCCUCAAGUCAUUUAUUUUGUAUUAUGACUAUUUUGAUUUUUUUAAGUUAAGUUACAGUAACUUUAGGUCUUCCAGAGUUAUUUUAAUAUUACUACUUACAACUGCUGAAAUCGUAAAAGGCAUUUGAUUUGACUGUCCAGCCAAGGAUAAAAUGUAAACUGAUUGAUCAGAGUAUGAAAACAAAGUGCAGGACCUCAGAUCUUAUGAACAUUUUGUUUUCGUAUUAUUUCUUUUCUUGACUCUAGUGCAUGAUACCUAAUGGAGGUUCCAGUGUCUUCAACAACACCCACUUUAGUGCUAGUGGUUUUCGGUAUCCAUACUGUUUAACAUAGAAUUGUUGCUUUAUGGACCUUAAAAACUCUGCAGUUUUUUUAUUUAUCAGAAAAUGAACAGAAAGGGAAUAUCUGGUUACUGUGAACUAUAUUCCCUAAAUGACAGCUCAGUAUAACUCUAACAACAGCCAAAUUGUUUUGGGGUAUAGGUAAUGCUUUGGGGGUUAGGGAAUGUGUGGUGAGGCCAAGCUGUAGACAGAGAGCGUUGUAUGAGCUGAAUGUCUGGGGCAGAGUUUUCCAUUAAAGGACUUCAGGUUUUAUAACAGAUUAUUUAAGACCAUCUCCCUUAAAGUAACUUACAGUUUAUGUAAUAGCUAUCUCAUUCUUUUUUUUUUUUCUUUUUUUAUGUGAAUCAGAAGUGUACUUCAGAGUGAUACAUUAGGGUAGAAACCUAAUUUUACCCAUUGGGUCACACUGAUGAAGUCUAUCGUUAAUUUCAUGACAAUGAAGGUAUCAUUCUGUGUUAUCCUCCUUUAGCUUGGGUGGUGGGGGAUUACCAGCCCUCAACAUUACAGUAUUUUUAACCCAUAAGUGUUCAUGACCUCAGUAUGAUAGUGCUCACUCCAAACUUAGCUUUUAAGGGGCAUGAAAUGGAAAUGCCUACUCUGUGCUUCUUUGUUGUUGGAAACAAAGUGGCAGGAGGAUAGGGGAGGAACCAAAUUAACUCUUGCUGCUGCCUUUCAUCCUGUGUCAGUCUCUGGCCCCAAAGCUUAAGCCAUCCCAGGCCCAAGCUACAAAAAUAGUCACAGGUUGUUGGAUCUAGCACCUUAAUUAGUCUUUAUGGUUUUUGCUGAAGAUAAAGAAUUCUCAUCUAGAUUCUUUGUGUAAUAGGAUCAACAUGUGCUUUAAAAUUGUAUUUUAAAAGGUAAAUAAAAAAUUGCAUCUAUAUGGAUAUUCUAACUCAUUUCUAAAUGCUAAAGAUUGUAUAGACCAAGCUUUAGGAGAAGAAGCCCAGUGUUCGAAGAUUCUAAAGGGAGAUGUCCCAACCAUUCUAAAAGAAAUGUUCAUACUUUGGAUAUGUUGUAGCCCCCCUCAAUACAUUGACAUAUUUAAGAAUUACCAAAUUCCACUUGAGCAACUAAAUUUCCUGUCCCAGUAUGGCGCUGGUGAGGGGCAUUUCAUUCUGGUGGCUGGUGCUCACCUACUUACUGCUAAGCCCGCAGCGCUUUCUGAAUGAAAGGUAAAAUGGAAAAGAGAAGUCCAGAGUUCUUAAAAAUAUAUUUUGAAAUUUACCUUAAGUCAAGGAUCUACCCAUGUACUAUUUUGAAGCUAAGCAUUUAAGGAUGAAGUCCAGAAAUAAAACAGCCUGGCUAUGUAGGCAGAUUAUAUAUAUAUAUAUAUCUUAGGGAUUUAAAGUCUCAGGAAAUUUAGCCUUGGUCCAAAACACUGGGGAAAAAAUAAUACCACACAGUACACCAGUAGUAUUUGAGUAACUUAUAGUAGCGGCAUAGAAUAUAUCCAACCAGGAAGUCAGAGGGCAAAGAAAAACCUUACAGAAUCAGUUUUCCCCUGGAAAAUAAAAGCAUCAAGUUCUACCUUAUGGUAAACAGAGUCUUUAAGUGCUUGUGUGUGAGCAUCUGUGUGGAUGUGUCGAGGGAAUGUUGUGACUUGAAGGCUCACGUCCAUGAGUGGUGAGGAUCAAGCACAGCGUGUGACCUGCUUCCAGAUCUACAGAGUGGGGAAGGAAAGAAAUGUGAUGAUUUCCAAUCUUUGGCCCUACCCCAACCCCAAAACUUCUAGAGAUUCAAGAAUGAAUAUGAGGUAAAGAAUAAGAGAACCAGAGGCAACUUCUCAAUAAUGUGCAUGCCACGUGUGUAGAUGUACAGAACUACAUAUGUGUGAAUAUAUUCCCACCUUACACACACACACAGCAAUCACAUUGCAUAAAUAUAUAUAUAUCUAUAUAUAUAUAUAUUUAUAUAGUAUAUGAAACUUGGUAAUGUCAGUUAGGACCCCCAAGCAGUAAUCAUAGCCUUAUUGCCACUUUUUGUGUGUGUAUACAUUGAAUGGCUCAUAAGAUUUUAAGAGAUUUUUUUAAUGUAAGUAUUUCUACUAAAUGCACUUAUCCUUCUACAUGUUUAUAUAUUUUGGUAAAAUUGAUUUAUUAGAUACUUGGUAUUUUAGUAAGAUAAAGUUUCCUCAAAUGUUUGGUUAAUGCUUUUGAUGUCAAGAUUGCACAUUGCUGAGUUGAACCUCAGAAAUUUAUGCAGCUUUGGGCAUUUCAACUGUGGACCGCAGUUUCCUUGGCUAAAAAUUGCACCAUGUGUUACUGUGCAUUCGCUCAUGCUCUGCAAUGAUGUAUUUGGUAGCUGUGAUGCUUAAGUCACUAACUACUGGCUCUCUGAUGGCACUUUUGCCAACACAUGAUCAUUUAUUUACUUCUUUUGUGGAGUGAUGGCAUAGUUAGGUCAUUGCCAAAUAUAAUGCAAGUGGAUAUGGGUGUGAGUGUGUUGUUGGAAGGUGUACAUUUCUCUUUCUUUCAGCUCUUUUACCCACCUACCCAGCUUUUCUUUGAAGGAUUUAAUCCUUCAUCCAUGAAAGAACAAUUGGCCACAAAUAGUUAAAUUACCUUGAAAAGUGGGAAUUGAUAGGCACUCCAGCUAGGUAACACCUUCCAACAACAUCAGGUUUAAUUAAUGCUUUGUAAAACCCCUUAAAUAUAUAUAUAUAUAUAUAUAUGUGUGUGUAUAUAUGUAUAUAUAUAUAUACAUAUAUAUGUAUAUAUGUAUGUGUGUAUGUAUGUAUACGUAUAUGUUUCCCUUAAUAUUAUUUAUGGUCAUCACUACUGCUUUUAUAUUUUUUAAUGGUGUUGCAAUUAAACAACUAGUACGCCUGCUACAUAUCAUUAACAAAACCAGCCAGCUGAAAAAAGAAACAAGAGAAUGAAUUCUGUUCCAUUGUAAGAAGUUGAUUUAUUUUAAUCUUUCUUUAUAUAUCACUAAAAGAAAAGAGUUGUUUGAAAAAUCAUUUUAAGUCCAAUAAAUAUGGAUAGCAUGUUAUCUGAAACUUUUAAUUUGUACAUUUUGGUGUCUGAUCAUUUGCAUGGAAGAGACAAUAGUGCCACGUCUGAAUUGUUCUCUUGUGCUUGGUUAAUAUGUACUUUCUCUAGAUUGUUCCGUUUCAAGCAACAUUUCUUACUCUUUGGUUUUCAGAGGCAUUCAAAGCAAACUAUCACAACGGCCCUCUGUUUUCUGACCAAUCUAAAAAUACCUGUGAUUAAAUUUAAUUUGUCGGUGUAAAUAAAUUUCUUGCCAAUGAGUAUUAUUGUUGUUAGACAACGAAUGCAAUAAAAAGAGAAAUAUGGA